GGGACUCUUUCGUAAUCCCAUGCAGGCUGAUGAGUGGUAGAUCGUCUCUUCGGGCUCCGUUUGGACUUGUGGCUGAGAUGAAGCCCAUGUCUUGUGUGCUGUUGCUGGCUUGGUGAUUGUUUAAGACCAACAUGUCAGCUCAGGGACUCCUGAGCAGUGUUUUCUCCUGCUCCAUCAGCCCCAGGACCAUCUCCAAACGUGGACUGAGGCAGACCAGGAGCCUGGACCCGGCAUUGAUGAGGCACUAUGGAGCGGAGAGCACAUCCUACCAGGGAAGCUUCACAUGGAACAGUGUGUCGGGACGCUCCGUGGGUCUGAAGCCCGUCCCACUGCAAAGCCUCUCCGAGCUAGAGAGGGUUCGUCUGCAGGACGUUGCCUUCAGGCGACUCCUUCGCGAUCGCAACCUGGGCUGCCACGUCACCAUUCCCAAAUAUGGCCACAAAUACAAGAAGUCGCUCAGGCGUAAAUUGGAUUCACUUUCCAAGGAGAAGAGUAAAGACAGAGAGGCGACGCCCCAAGCCUUCAGCAUCCCGCUAGCGCAGGUCAUCAGCAACGACCGCACGCACAAGCAGCGCCACGACGCACCACAGGAGCAGCACUGCGACCCCACCGAGCUGGUGCUGUCCUUCCUCCACUUCACCUCCACAUUCAAACGGGCCAACAAAGAGCUGUCGAGCAGCAACUCGUCCCUCAGCUCCAAUUCGGAAAGCCCCAAUAAGUCGCCGUUCGCUGCAGCGCCCGACGCAGCUCCAAGGACGCGCAGGAGGGGCGGCGUGUCGGUGGACUGCAUCACCGACCUGGACGAUAACCAGUCGCAGCUCUUGGAGGCCCUCCAAUUGUCUCUGCCAGUGGAGGCGACGGGCAAAAACAGGAAGAAGAGGCACGACAAAAAGCUGAGCCUAAACCCCAUGUACCCCCAAGUGCCCAAGGUGGUGGAACUCUGCUGCCAGCACCUGGAAAAUCACGGUUUACAGACAGUGGGAAUUUUCCGUGUGGGGAGUUCCAAGAAGAGGGUGAGGCAGAUGCGUGAAGAGCUGGAUCAGGGCUGGGAGCUGCAUUUAGAUGAGCAGCACAGCGUUCACGAUGUGGCGGCGUUGCUGAAAGAAUUCCUCCGCGACAUGCCCGACCCUCUGUUGACGAGAGAGCUCUACACGACAUUCGUCAACACGGCGUUGUUGGAGCGGGCAGAGCAACAGAAGGCCAUCCAGCUCUUGAUGUUCUUGCUUCCUCCUUGCAAUUGUGAUACACUGCAUCGCCUCCUCUGCUUGCUGGCCGCCGUGGCUGCACAUGCUGAAGACAUGCUAGAUGAGGAGGGACACAAGAAACCAGGAAACAAGAUGACUUCACUCAAUUUAGCCACCAUCCUGGGACCCAACCUUCUGCACAAGCAAAAAAACUCCGACAAGGAGUUUGCUGUUCAGAGUUUAGCCCGCGCCGAGGAGAGCAGCGCCAUCAUCAGCGUGCUCCAAACCAUGAUCAAUUCCUGUGACUCUCUAUUCCUGGUUCCUGCCGAGCUGCAGAAUGAGGUACUGCUCAGUCUCCUAGAAACAGAUCCUGAUGUUGUGGACUACUUGCUGCGGCGGAAGGAUACGUGUUACUCCGAUUCAAGGCUGGUGUCACCGCGUGAGUCCUCCCCGAUGGAGCGGUGCUCCUCCAACGAGUCCAUGUCCAGCGGCGAGGCGUCCCCCUACGACAACAGCUCUCCCGUCCUGUCCGAUCGACUCCUGCUGCUGGAGGACGACCAGCUGCUGUCGGAAAGUGGCGACGCGCCGAGACACUCGCCAACUACCUUUACGACAGAAGAGGCCUCGGAGGAUCACUUCUGGGACACCUGGCAUCCACUUUUCAGCAAGAAUGUUAUUGACCUUGACAUCAAUGGCUCCCUAAGAGACAUGUCUGAAUGGAAGUCAUUUGGAUCGUCAGAAGGGCUGAGCGGUCGCCAAGGUAACAGCAAGCUGCCCGUCAGCCCGACCCAAACCUCAUUGGAUGCUUCACAAGGCAGGCCACACCUACGGGUGACUCGCAGCAGCAGCGGCAACCGCCCUCGCGACCAGACGGGACCCAGGCAACCAUUACCUUCAUUACAUCGGGUACCCACCAGCCAAUCCGGAGCCCUCAGCUCAGACAACCUGGCAGACGGGACGAGACGCCCUGUCCAUCCAAUCCUUACAGAUCAUGGAGAUUGUUUGUUACGACCUCUUGUUGAGAUGCGUGUGUCUCAUUCCACGCCCUCCAUCAGUCUGGCACGACAACCCCAGACUCAGAGCAGACCCACUAGAACUGCACCAGAACGAGCCUCUGGGAAAGCAAACGGCCAUAUUUGGCAGAUCCUGUCGACAAACAGUGGAGAUGCACUGCCUGAAACGCUGGUGUGACAAAUUCAUGAAGACUUGUUGGCCCAUCAUAAUCAGUCGCUGAGAUGCUGCCACCAUCAAACUCUCACUGGCAGUUUCAAUGCGUUUCGCUUAUUGUACUAUAUACUAUGUAUAUAUGCGGUGCAAAUUUGUAUGUUCGUGCAUUUACUGUCAAUUUAUACAUGACACUCGUUUUCUUUUCUAAAUAAUCUGUUCAAUAAAACGAAUGUCAGCCUUUCAAGCGUGUAAAAAUGUAGUUUGUAUUUUAUAAGUUAAUGUUCAGCCAUGACAGUUCAACUUCUUAAUGUCAACAAAUUUAAUAUCCGUUGCCAUAGAUAUAUUCCUAAUUUGGCAUGGCAAACAAUAUGAAAAGCCAACUGUUAGGUAAAAGAAUGCAAUGACUACUAAAAGACUCACUUUUUAGUGUUAAUAAUUCAACUACAAUGUUUUUUAAACUCAUAUUGAAUGUAAAUGUGCUAACCUUAACGUGCUUAACCACACAACCACACAAAUUUUUUUUUUUAACUUUUACCUUCACGCAUUAAACGCCAUAUCCUCGAUCCACCACAUUCCCCAAGCUUAUAUUUACUGAAUUUGUUGAUCUAUAUAGUUAUUCUGGUAAUUAGCUACAUCUAAUCUCCCCCGUGAGUAGCUGUGGCAGGCAGGUAAAGUCUUUGUUUGAAUACGCUUCGAUUUACAUCAACGUAGUGUUAUAGUGUAAAUGACAUCAUACAGUAAUUGCAAAUAAGAGGAUUCAUUUGAGCAGAUGCGGUCAUACGUGUUUGUUGGUUGUAUUAAGAAGCCAAUAAGAAUGGAAAUGAUACGUUAAA